GAAUGUUCCUACGGGAAAGAAAUUGCUCUGUAAUUACAGGCAAGGUUAGUGUACUCAGUUCAAUGGAAAAGAGAUGGUAAGAGCUGGAGCUUCUUCCCUUGAAGGUCUUUGAAUGUCAUUAAGAAGACACAGUUACAACUUCUGAGUAAAUGUCCCUUGAAGUAUGCCUUGCAUAAGUGUUUUCUGUGCUAGGAGGAUUGUAGCCCUUUUUUGAGAGAGAAGAUUCACACUUGUGAGGAAGGGAAUUUUUUGGUCAAACAUCACAUUUGUUUUAAUCCCUAAAGAUUUUGUAUAUGCGUUUCAGUACUGUAAAUCUUCAGUUGUUUAAAAGCUCAUACAUGUUAUCUGUACCUUUUUCUUUUCUGAAGCAGAUCUUUCAAUAUCUGGCUGAAGAAUUCCACCCCACUUCAAUUUAUUUGAAUAUUAGUUACAUUCUCAUGGCUGAUGGGUGAAGUCUUAGCUACCCGAUGUUGUUGCCAUCGUAAAUUCAUCCUGAAGAAAGAAACUUUGCUUCCCUCCCAUCUGAGGGCAAACCCUUUAGUUCAGAAAUACUCUGUGCCCAAAAUUUGUCAUGAAAAGCUUUCAAGUGGCAGUACUAGUUGCAAGUACUGCUCUUUUUGUUUCUGACUUGUGCUGUACAGCUCCAGCUCCACCUCCUCCAUUUUGCCAGUGCAGCUGAAUCUGGGACCACACUAGGACUGUGUCAGGGAUUGUGUCAACUUAAACAGAAAAAGAGAAAGAUUGUGAGCAUGAUUGAAGUUGAUGGAAAUCUAGGCUGCUGUGAUGACGUACCUCCCACCCCCUUUCUUACAUUGGUGAUAGUGCUGCUGCAAGUGCAUGUCUCCUUUUAUCCUCACCUUCAGAUACUCUGCUCUGGGGCCUUGAAGAAUGGGGUUUUGAAUAAACAUAAAAUGCCGGAGAGUUUGCUGCAGUAUCGGUACACUUGACUGUGCAUGACUUCUUUCUGUCAACAAAAGAGAUACCUCAAUGAAAGAUGCAUGAGAAGAAGCAAAUAUUUUUCUGGUUGUCCAACUGUGGCUUAACAUUUACACUUUAUAUGAGUUAAUGGAAACAGUUAGGAGAUUAAAAAUGAUGAGACUCCAGCGUGCUUCUAUGAUUAGCCACUGCCCUACUCUGAAAGAAAAGAUGCAUAAAGUUUGAUUGUAAAAAAUCUGCAGUUAACACCAGUUUGAAUGAGUUUCAUCUGGAAGGCCAAGUUCUUCUUAUAUGGGGAGCCCAAACUGAAUUCAGACUAGUGUGUUGGAAGAAUCCAGGGAUUUCAAGCUUUGAAUGACGGGCAUCUUACAAGAUUACCACAACAAAACUGAAAAGACGGAUGCAACUCCGAGUACCAAAUUGAGUGAGGUGGUGUGUGCACUGCAUGUACAUGAAAACGCACAUGUUUUUGUCAUCACAUAGACUUACGCUUGCAUAUUCCUGAGAGCUUUGCAAUUGAUGAAAAUUAAUUUGAGAACCAGAUGGAGCACCUUUACAGCACAGGAAUCAGUAACCCAUGGAAAGACACCUGCCAGUAAUGUUCAGCUUUCCACAUGGUCUUCACGGGUGAAAAAAGUUUGCAAGAAGAGGAAGAAAAAACACCUUCUGCACAGAAAAAGCCUAAUAAAUACCUCCACGAUUUAAAUCAAUAGCUGCGAGGGAAACAGAAGAAUACAGAGGGUAGAGGAAACUGAUUUUGUUAUUGCAGAGGAACAAUGUAUGGUCUUUGGCACAUUUUGCCUUGGGCUCAAUAGGUUGUGAGUGGACUAAUAAAUCGUGACCAUAUGUCGAGUAACGAUGACUGGAAGUAAAUAAGUUGAGGAACUAUGGGACAAGUCUGGGCAUUGAACUGAGCAAACCUUGCCGUCCUUCUUGAGUUAACCAGGUCAUCAAACUUGCAUAUUCUUUCUCCCUCUCCUUCUUCCUCUUUUCACUUAGUGUGGUAUAAAUACUAAUUAAAUUAGCUCAUAAAUGUUAUUCAAAUAAAACAAUUGGAAUACUUCAUAUGUUUCCUUCUUGUACAGCUGCAAAUGUUGUGUCUGGAACUAUGAAUCUGUGCUGUAGACAAGCAUCAAGAAGGAAAGAUCCGAUCAAACAAACAAGGAAAAUAAGAGAAAUAGUGAACCCAGGAAGUCAGAUGUUUAAUGCUGCUUCUCUUUCUUUCUUAGAUGAUUAUAUUUCUUCCUUCCUUGAAUUUUAGAAGAAUUUGAAAGAGUGCUUACUUGAUGUGCUUUAAUUCUGGCAUUUGUUUUUUACGGUAGGAUGAAAAGUCUGAGAUUCCUUGUAGCAGAAAAAAGGGAAAAGUAAAGGAAAAACAGCUUGACGUUUUAGCCUGUUUUGAAGGAGAGAGAACUUCAUGGUUCACCUGAGGCAAACUUAUCUGCUUUGAAAGCUAAAAGCUUUAUAGCAUUUUUGAUUCUGCUAUAAAUGAAGAGGGGGUUUCUUUUUCAUUCGUGUGUGGCAGCAAAAAGUGGGAAAGCAGGCAAGAUAGCGUGACAAACAGUUCAGGCUGUGUUGGGUCUCUGGUGGAAAAAAAGCGCUGCAAUGAAAAUUGGAUUGGCUUUGGAUUGCAAAAACUAUUGAGUCCAACGAACAGUUCAGUACCAAGAGGGAUUUCCCAACUGGCCUGGCCCACCAGUGCCUGCACAAGUUCGGGUCUGUUGUUUCGCAUGGUUAGUGUGCCUUUUUUUCCCUUUAUGCAAUCUCUUUCAGCUUUAGCAGCAGAAAUACAUCAGAUGGAAAAGAUGAAUGUCAUAUAUACAUAUAUAUGUAUGUGCGUGUGUUUAAAUUUCUGCAACUGAACUUUUGAAGAAAAUCUGACUGGAGGAAAUCUUAAAAGCCUUAAGUUACUUGAAACCUACACAUUUGCAACUCUUUGUCUCUGGAAUUGCAUUGCGCUAAACUGGAAUCUCAGGCUGUAUAAAGAUUAUAUCAAGUUGAGCAAAAAGAUGACUUAACCAUUUCUUGAGAGCCUCUUAUGAAGUAGCUGUUUCUCCAAAGGAUAAGUGCACCCUCACUCUACAGACUCAAAAACAAAAAUGAACCUGAAUUUUUUUUUAAGUGUUACUUUUUCUUAGCCAACUGCCAUCAUCUUUUAUAGAGGAAUUUUUCACUAUGCAUUUGGUGGAUAUUUAUAAACACUGACCCCAUCUUCCUCCCUUUCAAUGAUCUAUCCCAGGUCAGUCUUAUCAAUAAAAAAAAAAAAAAUUGAUUUAAAUUUUGUGCACUAGACAUAUUACUUUCUUAUGUCAAAAAAUAAAAUAUUUAAAAAGCAUGUAUGCAGCAGUGGAACAUGGGCCUGUUCUUUGCAGCGAUUCCAACAUCCUCUGCCUCUCCUGGAAAGGGAGAGUUCCCAAAAGUGAGAAGGAGAAACCGGUGUGCAGGAGGAGGUACUAUGAGGAAGGCUGGUUGGCAACAGGCAAUGGCAGAGGAGUUGUAGGCGUCACUUUUACAUCCAGCCAUUGCAGGAGAGACCGGAACACCCCUCAGAGAAUCAACUUCAAUUUGAGGGGCCACAACAGCGAGGUUGUGCUGGUGAGAUGGAACGAACCAUUCCAGAAAUUAGCAACCUGUGAUGCAGAUGGAGGGAUAUUUGUUUGGAUACAAUACGAAGGCAGAUGGUCUGUGGAGCUAGUGAAUGAUCGCGGGGCACAGGUAAGCGACUUUACAUGGAGCCAUGAUGGGACUCAAGCACUUAUCUCCUACAGAGAUGGAUUUGUGCUGGUUGGUUCAGUCAGUGGACAAAGACACUGGUCUUCAGAAAUAAACUUGGAGAGUCAGAUCACCUGUGGCAUAUGGACUCCAGAUGACCAACAGGUACUGUUUGGCACUGCUGAUGGACAGGUUAUUGUCAUGGACUGCCAUGGCCGAAUGCUAGCCCAUGUGCUCCUUCAUGAGUCAGAUGGCAUCCUCAGCAUGUCCUGGAACUACCCCAGCUUCCUAGUGGAGGACAGCAGUGAGAGCGACACGGACUCUGAUGACUAUUCUCCACCACAAGAUGGACCAGCUGCCUAUCCAGUCCCGGUGCAGAACACGAAGCCACUACUUACUGUCAGCUUCACGUCAGGAGACAUCAGUUUAAUGAACAAUUAUGACGACUUGUCUCCAACUAUCAUCCGCUCAGGGUUGAAAGAUGUGGUGGUACAGUGGUGUACACAAGGAGACCUACUUGCAGUAGCAGGCAUGGAGAAGCAAAACCAGCUGCUUGACCUCAGCAAUGGUUCCCUGCUGAAAAGCGCACUCGUCAAGUUCUACAAUGUGCGUGGGGAACAUAUCUACACUCUGGAGACACCUGUGCAGUACCCUGAUCUGGGAUGGAUACAAAAGGAUGAUGUACGUCCCAUCAUCUCAAUCUGUUGGGGUCACAGGGAUUCGCGCCUGCUGAUGGCUUCUGGACCUGCAUUAUACGUUGUCAGAGUUGAGCACAGGGUCUCCAGUCUGCAGCUGCUGUGCCAGCAGACCAUUGCUAGCUGUCUGCGGGAUGACAAGGAUAUCAGCAAACUGACCCUGCCCCCUCGGCUCUGCUCAUACCUCACCACUGCCUUUAUACCAACAAUCAAGCCUCCUAUCCCAGACCCAAACAAUAUGAGAGAUUUUGUCAGCUACCCAACAGCUGGUAAUGAACGGCUUCACUGCACGAUGAAGCGGACAGAAGAUGACCCAGAAGUUGGUGGUCCAUGUUAUACUUUGUACCUGGAAUACCUUGGGGGACUGGUGCCUAUCCUGAAAGGACGUCGUAUCAGCAAGUUGCGGCCAGAGUUUGUCAUCAUGGAUCCUAAAACAGAUGGAAAAGCAGAUGAAAUCUAUGGGAACAGCUUGAUUUCCACAGUAAUUGACAGCUGCAAUUGCUCCGACUCCAGUGAUAUUGAACUAAGUGAUGAUUGGGCAGCAAAGAAAUCGCCCAAAAUCAGUCGAGCUAGCAAAUCACCCAAACUCCCCAGAAUCAAUAUAGAAGCUCGCAAAUCUCCAAAGAUGUCACGAGCUGCACAGGAGAUAUCAAGAUCGCCAAGGUUACCAAUAAGGAAACCUUCUAUUGGUUCACCAAGCCUAAACCGAAGAGAGUUUCCUUUAGAAGAUAUUACUCAGCACAACUACCUUGCUCAGGUCACAUCUAAUAUCUGGGGAACGAAGUUUAAAAUUGUGGGUUUGGCUGCUUUCCUACCAACUAACCUUGGUGCAGUGAUAUAUAAAACCAGUUUGCUGCAUCUUCAGCCCAGGCAAAUGACAAUAUAUCUCCCAGAAGUGCGGAAGAUUUCAAUGGACUACAUUAACCUGCCUGUCUUUAAUCCAAAUGUUUUCAGCGAAGACGAAGAUGAUUUACCAGUUCCCGGCGCCCCCGGCGCCCCAGCCAGCAGCCCGCCGUGCACCGUCAACAUCCCCAUCGCCCCCAUCCACAGCUCGGCCCAGGCCAUGUCGCCCACGCAGAGCAUCGGUCUGGUCCAGUCACUGCUGGCCAACCAGAACGUGCAGCUGGAUGUGCUGGCCAAUCCGCCAUCGGAAGCAGGAAGUGAGGGAGUGGGGCCCUUCCCGGGGGCUCCAGGCCGCUUUCCUGGUCCAGGAGCUGGGGUGAUGCCUGGGGCAGAGCUCAGCCGUGCUCCCCCUGCACCCCCUGCCCUCGCCCCGCCGCCCCCCAUGCCCCCCACCAUUGCCUUGGCCGACCUGCGGGACCAUGGUGACCGUGAGCACGAGCCACCGCCCAAGGCCAAGGCCCCGCGGCCAGGGCCACAGCUGGUGGAAGGGGAUGCUGUCGUCUUCGGAGCCACCCAGGAGCUGCAGCUGAACAAGAUGAACCCCCCGCCACCCUACCCUGGCACCAUCCCAGCCGCACCAACCGCUGCUCCACCGCCUCCACCCAUUCCCCCGCAGCCGCCCCUCGAUCUCUGCCUGAAAAAGGGGGAGUUCUCCCUCUACCCAGCAGGGCACUACCAGACACCCCUGGGGUACGAGCGGAUAACGACCUUCGACAGCAGUGGGAACGUGGAGGAGGUGUGCCGGCCUCGCACCAGGAUGCUCUGUGCCCAGAGCACAUACACCCUGCCAGGGCCGGGCAGCUCGGCUACCUUACGCAUCACCGCUGCUGAGAAGAAGAUGCAGCAGCCCUGCACCAGUGCCACCCUGAACCGGCUCACGGUCCCCCGUUACUCCAUCCCAACUGGGGACCCGCCGCCCUACCCCGACAUCGCCAGCCAGCUGUCCCAGGGCAGAAGCAUCACGCAGAGGCUGGACAACAGUAUCAUUCAUGCAACUCUGCGGAGGAAUAGCAGAGAGGCAGCCUUGAAAAUGGCCCAGCUGGUGGACAGUCAGAGAGCCACCUUGCAACUUCCCCCAAAACCCAAGAGCAGCGUUGUGACAGCGCAGUACCAGCAGAGAGUACCCACCGCCUUGUACACUUGCAGCCAAUGCAGCAGCAGCAGCGGUGGCAGCAGCAAUGUAAGUGCUGGUGGUGGUGUGGGCAACAUCAGUAGUGCCAACGCUAAUAGCAGCACUUCCAGUAUUGGUGGCAUGAGACCUGAUCUGAGCACAGGGAGUGGCUCACAGCACAGCUCCGUCAUCGCUCACUCUGUCAGUACUUCACCUCUGGCAUCCCAGUCCUCCUACAGCUUGCUGAGCCCACCUGACAAUUCCCGUGACCGAGCGGAUUAUAUCAACUCCGCCUUCACGGAGGAUGAGGCCCUUUCUCAGCACUGCCCGGUGGAGAAAUCAAUACGGCAUGUACCCAUGGCCUUGACAGAGGCUGCCCUCAAUGUAAAACGGCCACCACCAUACCAGUGGGACCCUAUGGUGAGUGAAGAGAUAUGGGUUCCUCAGGAAAGGACAUCGCAGAGCUCAGUGCCCAACUCUCUAAAACCUACUCCUCUCAUCAUUGGUCAAACUCAACAUCUGGACAUGUCUCGAGUGCCGUUUGUUUCCCCCAAGUCUCCAACCAGUCCCACUGCCACUUUCCAGACAAGUUAUGGGGUUGGAGUACCUUACCCAGGAAGCUACAGUGCCCCUCCCCUGCAGGGAAUGCAGCCCCCCUGCUCCCCCAAAGAAGCUCUGGCCCCAACGCAGUUUGCACAGCAGGAGCCUACAGUUGUGCUUCAGCCAGGUUAUCCAUCCAACCUCUCUUAUUGCCCUUUGCCACCCAUGUACCCGGGAAGUAGCGCCUGCUCUAGUUUACAGCUGCCACCGAUUGCCUUGCACCCAUGGAGCUCCUACAGCACCUGCCCACCUGUACAGAACCCCCAGGGCACAUUGCCUCCCAAGCCGCUCCUCAUGGUGGAGAAGCCGGUGAUCUCUCCCCCACCAGCAGAGCUGCAGGGCCAUGUGGGCACAGAGGUAAUGGUGGAAACGGCAGACACCUUCCAGGAGGUGCUCUCCUUGACAGAAAGCCCCGUUCCUCAAAGGACGGACAAAUUUGGCAAGAAGAGCCGGAAGCGCCUGGAUAGUCGAGCCGAGGAAGGCAAUGUUCAGGCUAUCACUGAGGGAAAGGUCAAAAAGGAGGCUAGGACGCUGACCGACUUCAAUUCACUAAUAUCCAGUCCUCGGCUGGGGAGGGAAAAGAAGAAAGUCAAGAGCCAGAAAGACCAGCUGAAGUCCAAGAAGCUAAACAAGACAAACGAGUUUCAGGACAGUUCAGAGAGUGAGCCAGAGCUUUUUAUCAGCGGGGAUGAACUGAUGAACCAGAGUCAGGGCAGCAAAAAGGGUUGGAAAACCAAAAGGAGUUUGAGGACAGCCAGUGAGCUGGAUGAAUUCAAGUGCCGGAAGGCAAGUGAGAAGGAGGACGGGAGGUUGGGGAGCCAGGGCUUUGUGUACGUGAUGGCCAACAAGCAGCCGCUGUGGAACGAGGCAACACAAGUCUACCAGCUGGACUUUGGAGGGCGGGUGACCCAGGAGUCAGCAAAAAACUUCCAGAUUGAGCUGGAAGGACGACAGGUGAUGCAGUUUGGAAGGAUUGAUGGCAAUGCUUACAUUUUGGACUUUCAGUAUCCAUUUUCUGCAGUGCAAGCCUUUGCUGUUGCUCUGGCUAAUGUGACUCAACGACUCAAAUGAACAAGCAGAGCCUGGAGAGAGGAAAUCAAGUUAACCUUCUCAUGAAGUCCAAACCGGAAGAUGUCAGGGCAGCCUGCUUUAGGUGCGCAGAGGUGCCUGGGAGCAAAGAAGGCAGUAAAACUGGACAAGUCUCUUGGUGCCCGACAGAAGGGCAUUAACUCUAAUCAGUCAUGGGGUGGAGGGUGGGGGGCUGGUUUCUGUUUUGUUUGUUUGUUCGUUCGUUUGUUUUCAGGUGGGUUUUUUUCCCUUUCUAAGCAUUGUGCUGGGUCUCAGAAAGAGCAAAGGGUUGAGAGCCAUUCAGUGUUACGUGGAGAAGUGUGGCUUUUGGCUUGUUGUGGUGGUUCUGCCGUGUUUGCUACAGUAAAUGAUGUAAGCUCAUGGGGGGAUUAAAAAAGACUGCUUUUUUUGAUAGACUGCCUUAUAUCAUACUGUUCUUUUUAAAACAGGGAACAUAACUUUUUUUCUGGUCCAGUUUGUACUUCUACUACAUCAGUGAUAAGGCAAAAAAAAAAAAAAGAAGCUAUAAUACUUGAAGACACAUGUUUCUUCUCUGAUCUCUGAUAAUAACUGAGCGCCACAAGUUCCAAGGAGGCUUAUGUAGGUCAAUGUUUAAUUUAUAAAUGAUGAUGUAUUAUUCAGAAGAGGAACAAUUGUUACCAACUGGUGGUUUAAAAAACCCACUAUAUCAAAGAAGUUGAUGUCUGCUUGUUUUGUGUGCUGUUAUUGGGGAUAAACAUCUUUCAGUAGGUGACAGAAGGUCGAGGAGGAAAUAAUUACAAGCAUUGCUCCAUUUGUUUUGAGGAAUAAACGUCUUUCAGAAGGUGACAGAAAACAGGGGAGGAAAUAAUCAUGAGUGUUGCUUCUUUGCUUAUAUUGAUCAGCAGUCUUCUCUGAUUUGGCCUGUAGCUGGGAGAGGUUCAGUGUGACCAGAUGUACCUCUGAGGUCACACCUGUACAUGUUCCUCAUUUAAAUGUGUUUACACUUUAUAAACAAAGUCUUUCAAGUGAAUGAGAAGGCACAUUCAGUCUUCUUAGCAAUCAGUAUGAAUCGAGUUCUACAACAGUGUAUCAGUGCUUGAAUUGGAAAGGAGGCAGAAGUAUAGCAAGUCAUUACAGGAAGCAGUUUCAUCAGGAAAGCAAUUUCAUUACAGAAAACGACAUCAUGGCUGGCUGGAGGACAAAUGAGUUGAAAGAGGAAGGGAAGAUUGGACAGAAUCAUCGCUUUUAUCAGCUUGCUACUUGAGUAAUCUUUGUAACUGUGGUUUGAGAAUAUAAUGCUCCAGUUAAAAGCAGGAAGCCAAAGUUUACAUGGAGUAUUAACAGAGGAAUGCUUACUAACCGUGGCAUGACUGCAGUUCUUCCUGGUGGACAUACAGACUUGUUGAGCAUUUCAGAAGGGUUGCUUGCACAAAAGAGUUUUCUGUGUUGUCCACGUGUUGCGCUCAUAUUUAUUUGCUUUCUCUCUUUCCUCCUUGCCAGCAUUUUGCUAUGGAAUAUGUUUUGAUAUGGAAGUAGUUAUCUCAGUAACACACAAACCCCCGAACUAUUCAUGUAAUUAUUUGGACCUUAGAUCACAAAACGUAACUGCAGAUUUCCUUAAGAAAUUACUCGUUUGAAGUGAAAGGCACACUGAGAAAGAUGUUGGUUGAGGUGUCAGCUUCUUUGUUUUUGUCAGUUUAACUUCCUACUUGAAGAACUCGGUGUAACUUAAGAUGAAUAGGUGUGAUUUUCUUUCUUUGCUUUUCUUAAAUCCUAACGGUAGGGCAGAUUCGUGUUGCAUUUGAUUCGUUCUAGAGGAAUACAUCAUUCAAGAUAAGACUGCUGUAGUAGAAGUUACCAACAUUCAGUGAGCUUAUAACUUCUGCUCUGCUGAGGCUUCUAGAGCUGUGCUGCACAGAGGGAGUAAUGCCGGUCAGAGAGGAGUUUCAGAGAGUUUCCAAGGAAGAUGACAAGGCAGAUUAUCCACAGAUAAUGUCCCACAGGGUAAGUCCAGGGAAAAACAACUGCAAGAUGGUUUCCUUGGGGAGAGGAAGCAGAAUUAGGAAGAAAUGGGGGGGGAAGUAGGUGAUACCUUGACUGUAUUAUCCCAAAGCUCAGCAGCUUCUGCCUGUGUGUGGCAGAAAUCAGACACAACAUUCCCCUUGGCUGCUAGCAGGUUGUUGUUGGCUUAAUUAGUUAUUUUUGUUGAAUUUCUGUGAGUUUUCUGAGCCCAUUUGUAUUCUUUCUCACAGGCAUGAUUAAUUCAGCAGUUUGAGUGCCUGUAUGUAUGAUGUAAGUGGAAUAGAGAAAUGGAAAUAGAUUUGGUUCUGUUCCCUUUAAAAUCAGUGGAAAUGUUUCCCUUGGAUUUUUGUAGAAGCACCAUUAAGCCCUUUGUCUGUAACAUGCAAACCCCCUGUACAGUGCGUUGAAUUCUCAGUCCGCUGACUCCGAUACACAAGGAGGAAAGUUGGACGAUGAGAGUUCUCACCUGCCCUGAGGUCUGUGCUGACCAGUCAUACUCAAAUUGGAAUACGAGAGGCACACACUGAACACGGGAAGAGAAGCAGCAUGCCGUGGCUUGUUUGCUUGCUUCUUGAGGGAAGGGCCACUCAGCCCCAUGUUAGAAUUCAUCAGCUGGAAGGAAUAUCACUUGUAGUCUUAAGCCAAAAUUCUCAAUACCUGGAAACAAUAUGAAUGUGUUUUUUUAAACAAAAUCUAAUCUAAAUAGGACUUCUUUAUGCAGUUCCUUUAACCUUCCAGGGAACAGCAUUCCUCUUCAUUUGUUGCCAAAUGCUUCCGGUUAUCAGCAGUGUUGUGCUAAUGGAGAGCCAUGAAAUGAAAUCUGAUACAACAAGUAGCAGAGUUAAUUUGGUUUCCUUGGCCCAGGUCAUGAUUCUGGUGGCACUUAGGAAGAGCCUUGUCAUAGAGGAGACCUGGUUUCUGCCCUAGCUAAGCGCAAGGAGUAAUUGUCAUAAAUAAGGAAAAUAAAUGCAAUUUCUAACAUCCUUCCUAUUGACUUAUCAGAAAAUGUUAUGUGAUAAGAUAAUCUUUUAUAUUUUGAAAGUAAUUUAACUGAGUCCCUUUAAUUAAUAGAGGAUUUUAAUGGUGUAGAGAAUACCCAGUGUUUGAGAGAGAAAAUGCUCUCAAAUAUAUAUAAUUUUAAUGAAAGGAGUGGAAACUAUGUAAGUGUCUCAGCAUGCAAUCGGAUCCUAAAUUAUACAAAGAACAAGCAAAAGUGACAGUUGUUUUAUAAUAUAGGAAACAAAUUUAUAAGCUCUCCCCAAUAAUCACUUAAUCUUGAAGAUCACCAUUGCAUUCAGCCAAAAAGGUAAGUGUUACGUUUUAUAUUUCAUUAGUAAAACCCAGGCUUUCUGUAGAUAACUAAGUUCUUCUAGGAAGAAUGUAGCAAAGUGUUCAGAAAUAUCUAGUUCUUUUAUACACACGGUAAUUUCCAGUAGUUAAGUAUGUUUUUCCAAAGCAUUUUUUAUUUGUGCAAUAAUUGUGACAGUUUAGGGAUUUUAUGGUAUUUUUGUUGGGUUUUUUUUGUUGGGUUUGGUUUUCGGGGUUUUUUUUUUUUUUUUUGAGGGAGUUUUGGGUGUUUUUUUAAAAGAUAAUUUAAUGCAGAUUUCUUGUUAAUGUCCAAAAGACAAAUUAUUUAUCUUGUGUAAUGUAAUAAGUGAUUUAGGGAUAAUUUUAUUACUACGUAUCAGUGAGUUAUACACAUUUUCUUAUUUAUAUAAGUAACUGAUAGCAGUAUGUUUUGCUGCAAGUUAAAAAUGCAUAUAGAAAGACCUGUUUUUGCUGGAUUUUCAUAAUUCAAGCAGGCAAAAAAUAUUUUUGGCAGCUGAACGCAGUGAGUUUGCUGUGGAGGACUGUGUCAACUGCAAGGAGAGUUAGAUGACUUCUUUGGAACCUGCAGAAAUCUGUCGUUUUCCACUGUUUUCCUCCUUUGUUUCUAACUGUAUUUCAGUUGGGAAUGGUUUUAAAAAUACAAGGCUUGAUUUGUUUCCCCUCUUUUUAGUAUGGUGCUUUUUCUUGACAUUUAAAAUAAGAUGGCUUAUGUGAUAAAAGGGUAUAAGGAUAUAAACUCAGUCUGGGAAAAGUUCAUUGCAUAGUUUAUAGGAGAGUUUGACAAUAGCGUAAUCCACUGCUAUGCAGAGAAACAAGCAAACUAGCUUGGAGUAAGCUAGCUGAGGCACAAGAAAUAAUGUAGCAGUAGAUGCACUUCCCUCUGCCCCUCCUUCAGCUGGGCUCAGCUGAUUCCAACACAGCCAUAGUGCUUCUGAUACCUGAGGAGCGCUGCACAGAUGUGAUGAAGCUGAGCCCUGACGGUGCCUGCAGCAGCUUUGCCUCUUCAGGAUGUUCCAUUCAGAGACCUGGUCGAGUAGGUGUUCCUCCACUUAUCCUUCUAGGUCUGCUCCAAGAGCAGUGUUCAGCUGCCACAGGGUUGGGGCUGCAGCAGCUUUGGGCAGAGAAAGUCCUGAUGCCAGCCAGUGGCCCUGGUGGCCAUUUGAAGUCACCUCUCCACUGGGGUUGCAAAGGGAUGCAACGGAGAACCCGGUUCUUUUGAACUAAUAUGCCUCAUAUCCUCGAAAUAUGGCUCCUAACAGAGCCAAAAAAAAUCGAUACUUAAAGCCUGGUAUGAAGUGCACCAUGCAUGGAGUGGCAAAAUUUAGCUUGAAACAGUGGGAAUAUCAUAUUUCUGCAACACCCUAAGAAACUAUGAAGAGAGAGGUGAAAGAGGGAAAAAAGGAAUUAUCACAUUAAUAGUUUUGCACUGAGUUCCAGAGGUAGCAGUUACACGUGCCGUGGGCUGCCUGAGUAUCAGCAAAUCUACACACAGGUUCAUCUCAGAUAAACUUUCUGUGAUGCAACCACAUCAGUUCCACAUUUCUCUUCCCAGUUUUAUUCCAAUGUUCUUAUGAAGAUGCAUGAAGGUGUACAGGUAUCAGACUUUGUACAGAUAUCUGACUUUGCUGAAGCCUUGAGCCUGGACUUUCCAUAGAUCCAGGUUGUCCUUGAUGUGUCUUUUCAGUGUCCUUUUAGAAAUUCCAGACAGAUUUGGGACCUUGGCUGACUGUUGCCUCAGACAAUUUCUGUACAUUUGCUUUUUGCAGCCUGAUGUGUGUGAUCCUCUGUUCUCUUGGUGCCCCGUUACCUCUCAGAAACAGUUUAAGUCCUCAUAUGAAGAGAGUGACACAUGCAAAAAACGAUUUGAUUGAGAGAAAGGGCGGAGAAGACUGAGUAAAUGUUCACUGGGUUUUUAGAAUGUGUUUCUCAUAGCAACAGUUUGGAAACUGCACAUUCCUGCAGAGCCCAGUAGGUCUCCCUUCGAGAUCGUUAACAGAUGAGUCACGUGCUGACAGAAGGCCAACUUCUAGCCUCGCUACAUGGUUACAGCAAGAUACAUAAAAGAGUAGAAUCCAACCCAAAAUGUACUUUCCAGUUUCUGUGUGAUUUUGAAGUAAGAAUGUCUUAUAUGACCCAUAUGUCCGCUGUGACCCAUACAUCCAAUAAUAAAGUGUUGGCCAACAACUGUAUUGACAGGUCUGUAUUAACCCCCUGAAGAAUGCUAGAAGUAGAAUCCUGGGGAUGCAGUAGUCAUUCAGAUUUUUGCCUUUUAUUCCCAUUUCUAGGAUUCCAUCAGAGGGGAGCAAGCAGUUUAUGUUAUUUAGAGAUUGGCGUAAUGGUUUUCCCCGAAUAAGAGAGCAAAUGUUAUCAUACUGCUAACACAAGUGGACAAAUUCUGGUAGACAGUUUUGUUUCAUUUUCAAGUCCCUUCACCUUCAAAACAAGCACAACCCUCCAUCAGCAAAUACCGAUGCAGAGUCCUGCUGCCCUCAGGAGUAGUCUGCAGGUCCUCUGGGCAGGACUGGAAUUUACAUGCAUCAUUGUCAAAGGAAUAAGAUUAAUCACUAUUUGUGAACAACGGCCUAUGCGAAUUAUUUUAUCUUUGUAUUUCUUUAAUUUUUUUCUAAAGGAAAUCCUGCGUAGAAGUUUUAAGAUGAAAACUCAGCUUUGUGUGUUGCCUAAUAUUUCUGAAGAUGUAUCAGGAGAUAAUUUCUUUGGGCAGUUUGAUUGUUACUACAUCUAUAAAAUUAUAUUUUUAAGACAAAAGCAAUUAACCAAAUAAAGGAAUUAAACAGGAUUUAGUGAAGCAAUUCUAGCGAAGAAAAUUAAAAUCUUCACCCUUCAACUUUUGGUUCUGCCGAUGGAUCUACAAUGAGAAAUUUGUGCUUCAAGGCAAAUUGAUUGUUGUGGACCACUAUGCAAGUGCACAAGUUUCCUGGUCCAGAGCUCAUUGCAGGAUCAAUAUAACAUGAUUUUGUGAGGUUUAGAAUGAAAUAAAUGAAAACACUGAAUACUUACCUUUCAGUGGGAAAAAAAAAAAAAAAGAGUGGUAUGGCGUUAAAGCCUGACAGUUUCUUCUUAAUCCUCACCCUCCAGUUUUCAUUAUUACAAAUUUAAAAAUAUGAUCUGUUUCAGCAAUUCUAAAUCCUGACAAAUAGACAAAAUGUUGUCUAUUUGUGGAAUGUUUAUCUUACUGGCCAAGUAGAUGGCUUAAGGUAAGGAUUACAAUUAAAGUAAUAAUAAAAGAGAAGCAUUUUUCAACAGCGUGCAGACACCUGAGUUUCAAGUAUUUCAUUGGAAUAGUGCUCGGCAUGUAAUUCCUACAUACGUUGUUUCAAGCUCUUUGUUCAGAACUUUCCUAAUUUUCCCUUUGCUUCUUUGUUUGCUUGAUACAUGUUUUGCCUUUGGUUUCCUUCCAUUUCAUUGUUUCUGCAUUUGCUGCUUCCUUUUCUUUUUGUGUGUUGUGUGUUCGGGGAAGGGUUUGUCUGUUCAAGAUCUUGUUGUUUAUUGUAGAUAAAAUACAUGGUGUUGUGGAAUAGCAUGGGGGAUGCAUUUGAUUGAAAAGGCACUGUAGUGUUUCCUGAAAAACAAGGGGAGCUGCAUUUGUUUAUAAAUGCAUUAUUUUGGUACUAUGACUUUGAACAUGAUUUUGGAUUUUUUUCCUUUUUUUUUUUUUAUUUAAUGAGCGUAUGGUCAUGCAGGUGCAUGCGUUCUUAAGCUAGCAAGCCCAGCAUGUUUUUCUUAAAAGUUUUUGAAAAUCUGGUACACGGUUUGUGUACUUUUACAUACCUAUACUAUUUUUAAAAUUCCUUUUUUGGAAUCUUAAGUUUCCUUUUUUUUUUUUUUUUUUCCUCCUCAGUAUACCAUGGUAUACCUGGUUUCCACUGUACUUUAAAACUUACCCUGAUCUGCCUCUCCUUUUAUGUAUCUUGUGUAGGUAUUUUGCAGGAGGUGCCUAGAAAGCAUUGUCAGUUUCCCUAUAAAAAUGUGGUUUGUCCAAAUUCUUUACUGUCUACAUGAUUGAGAGAUGGACUGAUUGCCCUGUUUUCCUUGAUUUGGAGUUGUAAGAGUUGUCCAGCUGUUGCUUAAUAAAAUUUUGCAGACUAGAAAAUUGACGUGUUUUUUUGGAUUCUGCACCUUGUCAAACACCUUUAAAUACUUUUACAGCAGACGUGAAGUCUGCACGGGAGCAACCCGAAUAAUAAAGGCCAGAGACCGUUAUGCUUUCUCUUUUCAAUGACUAUAUCCACAAGUUCCACUGAACUUGAUGCGUGCAGCCCAUCAUACUUUGUGUCAUUUGUAUGGGAGGAUGGAUGGCAAAGAUUUCGUGGUAAUAAUGUUCCUGUCUGCCGGGAUACCAGCUGAUUCUUGUGCUAUUUCUCCUCUGCUUGCUUUCCUUUUUAAGGAAAUUACCUUUGGGGCUUGUGGUGCUUCUCGUUUUGUCAUUGAUAUACUGGAAACUUUAACAUUACCACAAGGAAUUCCUCUGUCCUGUCAUCUUUAACAACAGAAUAAAAUGCUGUGAUGGCCAGUGUUCAUUCUCUGUUUUUUAACUAAAAUAAGUAAUCUAGGGGGCUGAGAAAAUAAUUUUUAAAAGGGUAGUAAAUCAGCUUAUCUUGCCUUAUAAAUGUCCCAGCUGUGGCACAAAUGAGAGAAUCCUGGCAUGGAUCCUCAUAAUAAGUUCCCCUAAUAGACCCAGGUUGCCAGUGGAGUUUUGCAGGGGUCUGUGCUGGAUCAUCCCGUGUUCGCAAUAUUCAUGGGUGGCCUUGAAAAGAGUUUGAACGUUGAGCUAUAGAGUUUACCAAUUAAGUUACUCUAAGUAGUAAAGGCAAUGGCCAAUUGUCAAGAAUCUCAGAAAGUCUUGAUGAAAUUUGGCAAUAAAAUAGCAGGUGAAACUCAGUGUAGAAUCAUAGAAUCAUAGAAUAGUUUUGGUUUGAAGGGACCUUAGAGAUCAUAAAGUUCCAACCCCGCUGCCAUGGGCAGGGACA